UUUCAACUGGAACUCACACACACUCGGUCACACACACACAGCUGUUGGGAACCAUGACACAAGAUGACCGAUACAGUGGUCGUCGAGGGACAAGUGAGACUCCGAGAAGGAAAAAAGUGGAAGAAUAGAUGGGUGGUUCUGCGCAAACCCUCGCCCGUUGCUGACUGUCUGUGUGUGCUGGUGUAUAAGGAGCGUUCGGACAGGAGUAAGGGUCACAGGGAGCGGGGUCAGCUCACCCUGGGUGAUAUCUGCGGGCUGGAACUGCUGCAGGGUUAUGAGGGAGUGAACUACACUCUCACCCUUCUCUGCCUCACCCAGUCCGUCACGUUCGGCUUCGAGAGCCGAGAGAACCUCCUGGCGUGGGACACCCGCAUCAGCUACAGCCUGGGAGAGGUCCACAGGUUCGGCGUAAACGUUCAGCCUGGUACGAAGCUUGAAAGCGGUCCAGCUUCACUACAUCUCUGUAACAACCUGCUGGUUCUGUCCAGGGACGUUCCUCCCACCGUCAUCGGUCACUGGAGACUCUCUGACCUGAGGCGCUAUGGAGCCGUUCCUAACGGAUUUAUCUUCGAGGGAGGGACGCGGUCCGGCUACUGGACCGGCGUCUUCUUCCUGGCCUGUACGGAGGGCGAGCAGAUCAGCUUCCUGUUCGACUGCAUCGCACGAGGAGUUUCUCCCAACCGUACGCCUUUCGGGUUGCGACCCUCCCUACCAGACCUCGGCGCUCGACCGUCCUCGGCGGAGGAGAGGAUCACGCAGGAAGCCAGCGAGCUGGAGAAACGUCUCAGCAUGCUGUCGGUGUGCAGCCGCCACAGCAGCACAGCUUCCCGCUCCAGCUCGACCCCGUCCCUGACUGGAGACGGCCGCAGCAUCUCGAGCUCCUCCUCCGAAACCAGCCACUCGGACACGAGCCUGAGCAGCCACCUAGCACCGUGGGCGAGUCCAGUUCGAUUCUCUAUCCCCUCACAGUCCCCGGUACUGUCCGGGACGAGAGCAUCAGGGUCGUCCUCUGGAGAGCAUCCCGGAGUAGUCAUCCACCCGCCGUCCAAACCGCCCCACCUCAGAGGACUUCAGGAAGCCGGGCGACAGAACUCCACCGACAGUGGCAUCGCCACAGGGAGCCACUCGUCCUCCUCUGGAAGUUUUUCCUCUUACACCGGGAGCAUCGACACUCCGCAGGGGGCGAUGGAGGACUUCGGGUCGGCGAUGAGCCUCACGCUUAGCCCUAACGCACAGACUAACACGAACCCCAACGCGAGCAUCAGGCUUCCACCGCAGAGUCAAUAUGUCACCGCGUCCAGCCUGCCAACAAGCUCCUCCUUUGUGCCACCGGGGCCACUGGUGCCACCAGGCAGUAGACUUUGUACUUGCCCUAAAACUGAGGCGCCCGAGGGCCAGGAGUCAGUGUACCAGGUACCCGCUCAAUUAAUGCAGCACUACGACUCUCCACGCAGAAUCCUCCAGUCCUCAACCUCAGGACCGCCCGAGACGGCGGGAGUUGGACCUCCAGAUGCGCCGGACAGCUCCACAGAUCCUGUACCGGUGAGGUUCAGCGCGGGCGGUGAGGGAGUCGGACUCAACGUUCCAGGAAACGCCGCCUGUGUGGUCUGUGGAGGAUUUACGGUGGAGGAGACGAGCAGGAACGAGCUCAUGAACAGCCACGCCCAGCACAAGUGGUUCUGGGAUGCUGAGAGAUGCUCCUCACCGGCGCCUUCUUCUCCACGGAGCUCGCUCAGAAUUUUCAGACACUCGUCAUCGUCUGGAAGACUGAUAGCGGGCGAGAGCGGCUCUACCACCACCGAGAGGCUUCAGGGAGAAAGCGGUAACUCGGUUAACUACGUAAACAUCCCGGUGAGUCCGGUGUCCAAACGCCUGCUGAACUACAUGGAGCUGGACCUGCAGGACGUCCAGGAGUCCGGCCCAACCCUCAGAGGAGCCUCCAGCACUAAAUACGCUCACAUCGACAUCGCAGUGACGGAAGCGGCUCAGAGGGUCGGAGCUCAGCACGCGCAGGGCCGAGAGGAGAGGCUUCACCAGCUCGAGCAGAGACGCCGCGGGACGCCGAACUGAACCCGACACCAAUAUCCAAUAUCAUCCCAUCUCAGGACAUUCAUAUACCCCCCCCUUCCCAACACACACCCACACACACUACGGUCUAAUCCACAGGUUAUGCUAUUGCUAAUUUGCUAAAUAUUCUAAGAGUAUAAAGUAACAUUUAUAGUUUAAUUGCUGUUGUGAGUUUGUAAAUAGUCGUGUUUUUAUUAUUAAGUGACCAACUUCAAAAACGUUAAAUGUACAGCUGAUGGGAAAUAGAUGCAGUAUUUUUGUAUGUCUUCAUCUCUCUGCAUUUCUAACUUUAGCACAAUAAAUAAUCU